CGUCUCUGUCGCACCGGUGCCGAGUGUCGAACGUUUGCACUGCCAUAGGAAGUGCGUGUGCCAGUUUUAAUAUUAAUUUUACACUACCGUUCCGUUUCGUACGUCGUAUAUAGCGCUCUAUUGUAUUAUAGUAAUUAUUGGUCGCCCGCAAAUUUACCGUUGUUAACGAGAGAAUAAAAAUAAUAGGUAAUAGUAUAAUAGGUAUUCGAAAUAGUUUUUGUAAGUUUUGUUCCCAUCGAGUUUUGCCGGCGCCCGCUUACGCCAAGUGUGAUUUUUCGGGUUUUUCUUUUCUUUUUGGCCGUCACCGAUCAAGGCGCAACGAACGCGGUCAGUAUUCUUUUCCACUUGAAACACACACACACACACACACACACGUCCUUACCUGUAUAAUAUUAAUAUUGCCACCAGUAUUGCCUAUUACCGAUAACACCAUCAUUUGGGCGCUAACGUGAUUAUGCCGUAACACGGACGCUCUAAAGGGUUCAACUAUAGGAUUGUUGUGAAUGUUAUAUUAAAGGAUUGCUGUCUUAAGCUACCAAGCCGUCCACGAUGGAGGACGCCCACGCGAAAACCGUGGAUGAAGUUGGAAAUUUCUUUGGCGUAGAUUCAGAAAAAGGACUUACCCCAGAUCAAGUCAAAAGGUACCAGGCCAAAUAUGGACCAAAUGAAUUGCCCGCAGAAGAAGGCAAGACAAUUUGGCAACUCAUCCUCGAACAGUUCGAUGACCUAUUAGUUAAAAUUCUACUAUUAGCUGCAAUUAUAUCUUUUGUAUUAGCAUUGUUUGAAGAACACGACGACAUUAACGAAACCCUUACGGCUUUUGUAGAACCAUUUGUAAUUUUACUUAUCCUUAUUGCAAAUGCCGUAGUCGGUGUGUGGCAGGAACGGAACGCUGAGUCUGCCAUAGAGGCGCUAAAAGAAUAUGAACCAGAAAUGGGAAAAGUUGUCAGAGGUGACAAAUCUGGUAUACAAAAAAUCAGAGCGAAAGAAAUUGUGCCUGGUGACAUUGUGGAAGUAUCAGUUGGUGACAAAAUUCCUGCAGAUAUUAGAUUGCUUAAAAUAUAUUCAACUACUCUGAGAAUUGAUCAAUCUAUAUUGACCGGCGAAUCGAUUUCCGUAAUCAAGCACACGGACGCCAUUCCAGAUCCAAGGGCUGUGAACCAAGAUAAAAAGAAUAUUCUAUUCAGUGGAACAAAUGUUGCCGCCGGUAAAGCUAGGGGUAUCGUUAUGGGCACAGGCUUAAACACUGCCAUUGGUAAGAUUCGCACGGAAAUGAGCGAAACUGAAGAGAUCAAAACUCCUCUUCAACAGAAAUUGGAUGAAUUUGGUGAACAACUCAGUAAAGUUAUUUCGGUCAUCUGCGUCGCUGUUUGGGCUAUCAAUAUUGGUCAUUUCAACGAUCCUGCUCACGGCGGCUCCUGGUUGAAAGGUGCUAUUUAUUAUUUCAAAAUUGCUGUAGCCUUGGCUGUGGCCGCUAUUCCGGAGGGCUUACCAGCAGUCAUUACCACUUGUCUGGCUCUGGGAACUCGCCGUAUGGCUAAAAAGAACGCUAUAGUCAGGUCGCUACCUUCAGUCGAAACUCUCGGCUGUACCUCUGUGAUAUGUUCAGACAAAACUGGUACUCUCACCACCAACCAGAUGUCUGUUAGCAGGAUGUUUAUUUUUGAUAGCGUCGAUGGAAAUGACAGUUCGUUUACGGAAUUCGAAAUUACUGGAUCAACUUAUGAACCGAUCGGUGAAGUAUUCCUAAACGGUCAAAAAGUCAAAACUUCCGAUUAUGAAACUUUAAAUGAAUUGGGAACGAUUUGUGUGAUGUGUAACGACUCGGCUAUUGAUUUUAACGAGUUUAAACAAGCUUUUGAAAAGGUUGGUGAAGCCACUGAAACCGCUCUAAUUGUGUUGGCAGAAAAAAUGAACCCUAACAACGUAUCUAAAUCUGGACUUGAUCGCAGAACAACUGCUAUUGUUGUAAGACAAGACAUUGAAAGCAAAUGGAAAAAAGAAUUUACUUUGGAAUUCUCGAGAGACAGAAAAUCGAUGUCUUCUUAUUGUACACCCAUUAAGGCUACCAAAUUAGGAAACGGUCCUAAAUUAUUUGUGAAAGGCGCACCGGAAGGAGUAUUGGACAGAUGUUCUCACGUCAGAGUUGGCGCACAAAAAGUUCCGUUGACGUCUGCACUGAAAAACCGCAUAUUGGAGCUGACUCGUAAAUAUGGUACAGGACGUGAUACACUACGUUGUUUAGCCCUUGCCACAGCUGAUGCACCCAUAAGGCCGGAACAAAUGGAUCUAAACGAAUCGAGCAAAUUUUACACUUAUGAAGUUAAUUUGACAUUUGUUGGUGUAGUCGGUAUGUUGGAUCCUCCCCGAAAAGAAGUUUUCGAUUCGAUUCAAAGGUGCAGAGCUGCCGGUAUCAGGGUUAUUGUCAUCACAGGAGAUAACAAGUCUACCGCUGAAGCUAUUUGCCGCAGAAUUGGUGUGUUUACUGAGGAAGAAGAUACGACCGGCAAAUCAUUUUCCGGCAGAGAAUUUGACGAUCUUUCUCUAUCUGAACAAAAACAAGCUGUCGCCAAGGCCCGUCUAUUUUCUCGAGUGGAACCCGCCCAUAAAUCGAAAAUUAUUGAAUACCUUCAAAGUAUGAAUGAAAUCUCUGCUAUGACUGGUGAUGGUGUGAAUGAUGCACCUGCAUUAAAGAAAGCCGAAAUCGGUAUUGCUAUGGGCUCGGGAACGGCUGUGGCCAAAUCUGCUUCUGAAAUGGUCUUGGCCGAUGAUAAUUUCUCUUCGAUUGUGGCUGCUGUUGAAGAAGGCCGAGCCAUCUAUAAUAACAUGAAACAAUUCAUUAGGUACUUGAUUUCAUCGAACAUCGGUGAAGUUGUCAGUAUUUUCUUGACCGCUGCUCUCGGUCUGCCCGAAGCUUUGAUUCCUGUGCAACUUUUAUGGGUCAAUUUGGUCACAGACGGUUUACCAGCCACUGCACUUGGUUUCAAUCCUCCCGAUCUCGAUAUCAUGAGCAAACCCCCACGUAAAAGCAAUGAAGGUCUGAUCUCUGGCUGGUUGUUCUUCCGGUACAUGGCCAUCGGUUUCUAUGUUGGUGCCGCUACAGUUGGUGCUGCGGCUUGGUGGUUCAUGUUCUGUGAAGACGGACCUCAAAUUUCAUACUAUCAACUGACACAUCACUUGGCUUGUUUGACUGGUGGAAAUGAUUUUAGAGGAUUAAACUGUGCAGUGUUCCACGAUCCUCACCCAAUGACUAUGGCUCUCUCUGUAUUAGUCACAAUUGAAAUGUUAAACGCUAUGAACAGUUUAUCAGAAAAUCAAUCGUUAAUAAGUAUGCCACCGUGGUGUAACUUAUGGCUUAUUGGCUCCAUGGUGUUGUCGUUCACACUUCAUUUUGUUAUUCUCCAUGUGGAAAUUUUAUCGACCGUGUUCCAAGUGACGCCACUAACAGUGGACGAAUGGAUCACAGUAAUGAAGUUCUCAAUACCCGUUGUGCUAUUGGACGAAACUCUGAAAUUUAUUGCUCGUCGGUUCACUGACGGUACCCAGCAAUCAAGCAUAAUCCGUUAUUACGAUAUCGAUGGUCAAAAAGUAGAACGGGACAAUGGUUUACCAAACUUAACGUGUAAACCCCACGCGGAUUAAUAUGCUGACACGCUCAGUUUCAUUGUCGUUAAAAGUGCAUGUGCAAUAUCCCAUUUAAUUGCAAUUCCCAUUGCAUUUUCGACCAUACGUUUUAAAUGCGCUUAACUCUAUUGAUAUACAUUUUUAUUUUUUAAUUUGCAUUAUUAUUUUAUGUUAUUUUUCAAUUACUUUAAAAUGCCUGCCGAGUUCAUUUUAUGGUAUUGUAAAGGUGAAUUUUAUUUUAAUGUUAAAUUUCUAGUGAAUUAUUUAUUUAUAUACUUUUAAUUAUUGUAGACGUAAUAUUUUCAUUGUGAAACUUGGUCGACAAGCGGUAGCUUUAAAAUUGUAUUCGGCCUCUAACAUUUAGGUAAUUAAAAAUAUAAUUUUAGUUUAAAACCCUUCCACGAAUCUAAUUAAAAAAUAAAUCAAAUAAGUAUAGCGGUAAUUCAUUUAAUUGACCGUUUAUCGUGGUAGGAAAUUAGUUUGCGUAUUUAGCUAGAAUACUUAAUAUUGUGAUGCUGUUUUGUACUUAUAUUUAUUUAACUGUUCUUCUUUUGUCAUAGAUAAUACUUGUAAGUAAUUUAUAAUUAUUAUAGUUUAAGAAAAGGUACCCAAUUUUGGAUACCGCCUAAAAAAAUAGCACCCAGAAGUGCCUACAGGGUUGUUAAUGUAUGAAUAUUAACUUGAUUAAUACAUAACUGUUAUUAUUGUA